AUGGCAAAGUUUAUACAGAAACUAUUUUCUAAGAAGAAUAUACAUAAAUUGACAACCGAUCAGGGAAAUUUAACUUAUUGUGAAAAAGAUUACGACGACCAGUAUAAACUGCCGCAGGUUGCUGCGAAAUUAUCCGGAAUUCGCAUUAACUGCAAUGACAGUAAAUACAUGAGGCUUUUAUGUGUCUCUUAUUAUUGGAUGGCGUUUACACUAUGUUUGAUGGGUACAUCUAAUAUGACAAUCACAUUUCUAAAAUCUCGCAAGUUUGAGGACUUGGUAGUCGUGAUGCCUUGCGUUGGUUUUGUCGCAGUUGGUUCAUCGAAAUCAUACAAAAUAGUGCGCAACACAGCAGUUUUUGAACGUAUUAUUUUCGAACUAAAGGAAAUGUGGCCAACGGGAGAAAUGUCCGAAGACAAACAGAAGAUUGCUCGUAAAAUGAUGAAACAAAUGAAUAUCGUUGUAAAAGGUUACUUCUGGUGCAACAUGGGCCUUAUAUUUUUUUACAAUUUCCCGCCAUAUUUUCAAAUCAUUAAACGGAUGUUUGGAAUAGACGCACCGUUAGUACUGGCUUUUAAAUAUGUAUUGCCAUUCGACGAAUAUCAACUCAAAGCGUAUCCUUUCAUACUUCUGAUACAGACGAAUGCAUGUAUGAGCAUAGUAUUCUUCAUGCUGUCAAGUGAUCUUUUGUUCUUCAUCUUUCUAAGUAACAUCACACUGCAGUUUGAUUUUUUGUCACUGAGAAUUCGGCAGAUGAUAUACGUGCCUACUGAUGAUCAACUCAUCAGUGAUUUUCCCUUAGGUAAAUAUAGCGAAGCGAUCCGCAAAAAUGAGCCACAAUUAGAUUCUUUAACAGCAGAAGAAUGGGAAAGAAAGCAUAUGAACGAAUUAAGAGAUAUUGUUAUUCGUCACCAAUCCCUUAUACGGAUAUCGGGCGAAGUCGAAAACAUGUUUAAUUUUUCUAUGUUGGUGAACUUCAUGAACAGCUCCAUUAUAAUAUGUUUCUGUGGAAUUUGCAUCGUUUACCUGGAAGAAUGGAAUGAAUUAAAAUUUAAAAUCUUCCUGUUAUCUUCUAUGACCCAAAUAUGGUUGUUGUGUUGGUAUGGGCAAAGUCUACUUGAUUCUAGUAAGGAAGUCGCAAUCGCUUUAUAUGAAAGUGGGUGGUACAACGUCUCAAAGAGAAUCAAAAGCUUGAUUCUGAUAAUGUUACAUAGAUCACAACAUGAAGUAUUUGUUACCACAUACGGGUUUUCUAUUAUUUCCUUGGAAAGCUAUACAACGAUAAUUAAAACAUCGUGGUCGUAUUUCACUCUUCUGAUAAACACUUAUAAUCCAUGA